AAUUGCUAGAGCGUUUAGAAGCGCAUGUGCUCGGAAAGCGCGUGGCGCGGAAUUUUACUUAUCCAUAAACGUCUCCAACAACCCCGAGGCCUCAGACGAUUCUGUUACGCGACACCCACCGAACAGUUCAAAUCGAAAUCGCGACGCGAAUUAAUUUAUAGUUUCGUGUUUCACAUGAUCAAUAGAAAUUAUAUCAAUGACCUACUUCGUCAUUAUAUAGGAAUAUGAAUGAGAAUUGGACCAAAGAAAAAAGGAGAUGAUACAGUGCACGUGUAGUUCUAUUCAUUUGUAAGGUUUUCAUCAGAACUCUUGAAAAAUGUUAAUUACCGCGCCUCUCAUUAAUUAACCUUCCACCUGUUAUUUUUUGAUGCUUUGUGAGUUACAGGCGCACGCUCCCUUUGGAAACUGUUGAAUAGAAUUUUCAUUCUUUCUCAGACACUCUCCCGAGAGAAUUUUCAAAUCGUUCUCAAAAACUGAUUUGAACAAAGUUGAGAGAAAAUCUACUAUAUACCAUUAUAUUAGAAAUGAAAGGAAAAUCAAAAAAUUUCAAAUCACAAAGAUGUUGGGAAUGUCGAGGAAUAUUUUACAAGACUUGCAUUUUUUUCGGCUAGAAGUUUUUUCGAAAAAAUAAAGUAAUGAACAGAUGACAAUAAGGAAAUUUGGUUUUUUUGAAAACAAAAUGCUUUUACUUACUGUGAUUAUUUGCCUGAUGUGCAACAACAUGAUAAAUGGUGAAUUCUCCGCAAGAGUCAAAGGCGAUUUUAUACUCGGUGCUUUAUUCAGUGUUCAUGAGACACCAAGGGGCAGUAAAGGAACAUUAGUCUGCGGGCCAAUUAGAGAAACUUAUGGUAUACAACGAGUUGAAACUGCUUUGAUAACCCUCGACAAAAUCAACAAUGAUGAUUCAAUUUUAAAUGGUGUUCAAUUAGGUUUAGAAGUUAGAGAUUCCUGUUGGUCUUCCCCUGUUGCAUUGCAACAAAGCAUUGAACUUGUUCGUGAUGCAAUUUCGCCAAUAUCUUCGAAAAAUCAAAUUUUCACUAAUGACGAAUCAACGAUUUGUAAAACAGACGCCAAUCAGACGGAGACGAGCUUUAAAGCUCCAAUGAUUGGAGUUGUUGGUCCCGGUUCCAGUUCCGUUACUCUUCAAGUACAAAAUCUCCUUCAAUUAUUUUCCAUUCCGCAAAUAGGCUACUCGGCUACAUCUCGAGAUCUCAGCAUCAAGAGUAGAUACUCGACUUUUUUUCGUGUUGUUCCAUCCGAUCAGUACCAGGCACAACUUCUCAUGGAUAUCUUGCGCCACUUCAAUUGGACCUAUGUAUCGAUUGUCCAUACGGAAGAAAAUUAUGGUCAAAGUGGAAUCCAGGCAUUUCGUGAAUUAGCAGAGAAGAGCGGAGUGUGUGUAGCACGUGAGGAUUCAGCAUUGUCAACCGCUGAGGACUCAGUUUUUGAUGGAGUCCUUCGAAAUCUUAAUCAAGACAGCAAUGCGAAAAUCGUGGUUUGCUUUUGUGAGGGCAUGACUAUGAAUGGACUCUUGAAAGCUUCGAAACGUUUAAAUAUGACAGGUCGCUUCAUGUACAUUGGAAGUGACGGAUGGGCGGAUCGUGACGAGGUGGUAAAGGACGUGGAGGAAGAAGCACAGGGCAGUAUUUCAAUUCGAAUUCAUUCGCCAUACAAUCGCGAGUUCGAUGACCAUUAUUUCUCUCUGAGUCCAUUUAACAACACUCGUAAUCCUUGGUUCGCCGAGUUCUGGCAGCACAAAUUCAAUUGUGAACUUCUGAAUAUCACCACUGACGAUAAGAGUUGGACCGCCGUCACCACACAAUCUCCUUUGAAUAAGAAGAAGAAACCUUGCACGGGAAAUGAAAAACUUUAUGAACGAUAUCGUCAGGAUCCGAAAAUGAGUUUUGUGAUUAAAUCAUUUUGGACAAUGGCUUAUGGUCUUGAUAAUAUGUUGAAAGACGUUUGUGGCUUUAAGUACAAGGGAACUUGUCGUGAAAUGUUCCCCUUUAAUGGCACACUCUUUAUGAAGCACUUAUUGAAUGUUUCCUUCACUUGGGAUGAUGAUGAUGUCGUCGAGUUCGAUAGUAAAGGGGAUCCUCCGGGCAGAUAUGAUAUUUUAAAUUACCAACUAUUGUCUAAUGGAUCGUAUGCCUAUGUGCAAAUUGGAAAUUGGAACGAUGGAAGUCUCAGUUGGGUUGGUGAACUGCAAAAAAUUGUAACAAGCGUCUGUUCACGAGAAUGUGGUCCAGGAUCUCGUAAGGAAUAUAAAACAGGUGGUCAGGAGAAAAAAUGUUGUUGGGCCUGUGUUCCUUGUAAAGAAAAUGCCUAUACAAUUGAAGAUCUAUCGGAGUGUCGCCCUUGUCCGCAAGGUUAUCUACCGAAUGAAAAUAAAACAGGUUGCUUGAAAAUUCCUGAGGAAUAUAUUUCGUGGGGUGAUGUAGAAGCAGUGGUGGCAAUGACAUCGAGUGCCGUUGGUUUGAUGGCAACUUUUGUUACUUGUCACAUAUUUAUUCGUCAUAAUAAUACUCCAAUCGUGAAAGCCAGUACUCGUGAAUUAUCAUAUCUCAUCUUGGCUGGAAUGAGUCUCGCUCAUAUUGCUGUUUUUCCAAUUUUAGCAAAACCUGCACUUAUAUCGUGUACUCUAAGUAGACUGAUGCCUGGAAUUAGUUUCGCGAUGAUAUACGCGAGUUUAUUUACUAAAACUAAUAGAAUCGCGAGAAUAUUAGCAGGAUCAAAGAAACGUUUUCCUAAACGAAAGAUGCUCUUCAUGUCAGCUACAGCUCAAAUAGUGAUAACUUGUAUUUUAAUAAUGAUCGAAGUCGGUGUGGUAUCAACGAUGCUCUUCAUAGAUCCUCCAAUAGCACUUUUAGAAUUUCCAUCAACUCAUCGAGCGGUUCUCACCUGUGCGACGACCUAUAGAGCUGUUUUAUCUCCCUUUGCAUUCGAUGCACUACUACUUGGACUUUGUACUCUUUAUGCUGUAAAAACUCGUAAUGUUCCAGAAAAUUUUAAUGAGGCAAAAUUCAUUGGAUUUGCAAUGUAUACAACGUGCGUUAUUUGGGUGGCUUUUGUUCCUAUUUAUUUUGGCAGUCAAUCCAAGGUGAUAACCAUGUGUAUGUGUGUGACCUUAAGUGCAUCAGUGACCUUGAUAUUCCUAUUCCUGCCGAAAUUAUACAUUAUCGUGCUAAGACCGGAACGCAAUAAUCGUGCGUUAUUCACGACCAGUAAAUCCAUCAGAUGUCACAUUGGAGCUCGAGUUGCUGCCGCUAUAGCUGAGCCACCAGCAAAGCAAGCAAUUUAUCGACUUUCUGGCUCUGAUGAUUUAAGAUUUCAAGGUUCAAGUCACAGAAACAGUGUGCAAAAACGUACGCUAUCUAUUCAAACGAGUAAAGAACUUCUUUUGGGAAUAUGCAAUUCUUUUCAAGACUGUCCAGUAAUAACGCGAAAUGAAAUGUGCAAGUGUAAUGAAAGGAUAAGCAAAUCCAGUGAGAAUUUGUAUGAAACAAAAGCUGAAUUAAUCGAUAAGGUUCAUUAUCGUACGAAUAGAAAUUUGAGUCUAGUUGAUAACGCGGCGAUAAAUCGAAAUUUUGAGCGUAACGAGCAACUCAGUCGAUCUCACUUGAAUCUAUCAGAAUGGGCUGAACUGAAUGCCCAAUCACUUUUCGAUCGUCUACACAAGGGAUCCACAUCUCCACUCAGCAAUUGCGAUUUUAAUAAUUCUCAAUCAAACUGCCAUCAAGAAUUACCAUUAAUAUAUAAUUCGUUAAUAAAAAGAAUAGAAAAUGAAAAUAAAAUGGAAUUGAAAGCGAGAAUUCGUGAGGAGAGUGAUCAUCUAUCAAGCAAUGGGGAUCCGGUAAUCAAUAUCACAAUUACUCUUGGCACUGGACUUCCCAGUCCUCCAAAUUUCCCCCAAGAUGGUCAAGUGUGAUCCUAAAUUAAUUUUGACAUUCAAUUCAAUUGAAUCGUCAAUUAUUAAUUUACUCUACACUUAUAUAUAUACGAUUGUGAUAGUUUCUACUCUUUUCUCUAAAAUCCAAAAAAGAAUGAAAGAAAAAAAAGUAAGAAAUUAUUUAUUUACAUUUUUCUGGUACAUAUGUACUUUAGUUCUUAUUUUUUAAGAAAAGGGUGAAACAAAUUUUAAAAAUGUUUAAAAAAGAAUUUCAAUUUUUAUAUUUUGUUAUUAAUUUAAUAGAAACAUAUAUUAGGAAUUUUUCUUGUUUCUCAAAUCGGAAAAGUAAAAAAAGACACAAAGGUGAACUGAUUCAAAAUAAUUAAAAAAAAAAAAAACACUGCGACCAAUGUAAAAAUUAAAAAUCUUUUUCAUGACGCACGAGAUUUUUUUUCAAAAACUUUUAAUAACUUUUUUUACAAUUUUUCUACCAAUUCUCGUAUAAAUUAAGUUUUCUUCUCAAUCAUAAAAUAGAAAUAAAUGAAAAUUGACUGUAAAAUGUAAAAUAAUAUGCCAAAUGUAGAAUAAUUUCGCUAUUAUAAUUUAAAAUAGCAAAAGUUAAUUAUAUUUAUUGAAGAAAUCAGUUUUAUUUAAUAUAUAAAUUAAUGCCAAAAAAGAGGCUGAAACGAUUCUAAAAUUAUUUCAAUUUAUAUUGCUUUAUGUAUUACAAACUUAAUAACAAAAGGGUUUUAUAAAUUUUAAUUUAAAGAUAAAAUUUUUAAAAGAAAGUUUACAAGUUUAUAAAAAUAUUUAUAGUUUUGAAAAUAAUAUUAUCAACAAAUUAAUCAAAUUGGAAAAUUGCGUUUUUUAAAGAAUUUUAAUCAGGGUUGACACAAAAAUUAAUUUUGUUUUUCCCUGAUUCCCAGACAAAAUUUUGACUUCUUCCCUGAACCCUAAAGAAUAUUUUAAUUCUCU